AGUCUCCUGGCCCUGCAGCCCUGCUCCCGCCCAAAGCAGGCGUGGCCCAGAGGCUCUCUCUCAAGGCGCCAAAGCUGGAGAGAAGAAGAAGGAGGACUGAGCCCCCAGGAGCACCAUGCCCAAGUGCCCCCGCUGCCAGAAGGAGGUCUACUUCGCUGAAAAAGUCACCUCCCUGGGGAAAGACUGGCAUCGGCCAUGCUUGAAAUGUGAAAAAUGCGGCAAGACCUUGACUUCUGGUGGCCAUGCAGAGCAUGAUGGGAAGCCAUAUUGUAACCAUCCCUGCUAUGCUGCAUUGUUUGGACCCAAAGGGUUUGGCCGUGGAGGUGCUGAAAGCCACACAUUCAAGUGAAGCUCAGGGCUGGAAGGAUGUGACUUGCUAUGGAUCCUGGCAACUUUAAAAGCAGCAAAUCCAAAAUGUUCUUUCUCUCAUCCUCUUGUAGUAAGCUAGCAUAUUAUAAAGGCUGUCUGAAGAUGUGUAAUUCCAAAUGCUGGAAGAUUUCCUGUUCUGGAUCAGUAGAGAAAUAUUAUGGGGUGGAGGUCAGGAAAUAUUUGCUAAUAAUAGCACUGGGAAUUUCCUGCAAAUGAAUUCCAGGGGGAAAAAAAGCUAAGCUUGCUUGUAGACCCUUUGCUCCAUGAUGGUGAUUCUGCCUCAGUAAUAAAAGCUUGAGUUUAAAUGGUU